GACACACACAGAAGCCAUAGCCAAGUGACCAGGCUCUCUGCUCACAGCUCACACACUCCAUAGUCCGUACCACCAGUCCCCCGCUGCCUGAGCGUCCGCGACCCCCGAGCAAGGCCGAUGUCGUCGCAGCGGCCGGGCCGGCACCAGCGCCGGGCGUCGCAGAGCGUGUUCGUGCUCCCGGAGAACCUCGCCACCCUCGACGUCGACGCGGCGGCCGAGGCCGGCGGGAAUAAGGUCGGCCCGGACGGCGCCAGCGCCGAGCAGCAGGCGAGGCCGCCGGCGGGGCGCCACCACCGCCGGGCGAUGUCGGUGGCCGUGGCGUCCAGGGACCUGGAGCUGAUCAAGGAGGACCUCGGCAGCUACAAGAUCGGCGCUUGAGCCUGCCAGAGGCCGUGCCCGUGCGCCUCCACACGUCGCGUCGUGUGUGUAUAGAGCCCUGUGGGUGAACCGUACCCGAAGCUGGCUUUGAUCGACGCUUACUAGUGGCUCAAGUUCUUAAGUUCUCCGUUCCUCUCUUUCUUUCUUUUUUUUUUUGGUUCAUGCGCGUAAUACUACUGCUAUGUAACUUCUCAUCACGACGAAGAAAGUAUUUGAACUUUUAAUCCCAUACCAAGAUCGAUCGGUA